AUAAACAUACGUCUCUUUGUGAUCUUUUCAUAGGCGGUAGUUCACGUGGUUCUACUUUUAGUCAGGGCAUUUAAAGAAAGCAAAUUGCGUAGUUUGUACACAACUGAUUGAAAUCGUAUAUGGUCGGUUGUCGAUACGAGAUUGUUCAUUUAUGUUUGGAAAAUAACUUUAUACCGAAGACUCACAAGCGGCAAAUGGCGACAGGGAACGACGAGACCGGAAGUGAGGCUGCUAAGCGCAACCUGGUGGUGGACGAGGCGGCGUUCGAAGAGCAGUUCCUGCGCUGCCACAUCUGCCGGGAGAAGUACGACCAGACAGACAAGACGCCCAAGUCUCUUCCCUGCAACCACACGUUCUGUCAGCCUUGCCUUACACAGGUCUUUGACCACAGUCAAACCAACCAGCGACGGGCGUACACAUUUGCAGACGACUCCUACGAAGGGGUCCUGAAAUGCCCCACUUGCCGCGUGGAAAUCUAUCUGAGUCGCGGUGAGAUCACUGCGCUCCCUAACGACCAUCGGGUCAUCCAGAUGAUGGACUUCCUGUCACAAGUGGUCGUUAAGUCGCAGAACGUCUGCUCGAAGCACGAGCGCCAGCCUCUGAACUUCUUCUGUAAAACAUGCAAAGUGCCCGUAUGUCGGGACUGCACCGUAUUGGACCACAAGGAGCAGUCGGAUCACGUGAUUGUUGACGUCACCAAGGCGCUCGAGGAAAACGCGGAUGAAUUCAAUAACGUUGAAAAUCGAAGUAAACAGCUGUUACAGGGCAUGAAAAGUAGGUCAGAUGCGCUUGCCAAUGCUUCUAAACAGCUGGAUUUGUUGGAAAGGCAGCUACGCAGUAAAAUCAAGGACACGUUUAUCGAGUAUCGUCUUCUGCUGGAACGCCGCCAGGAGGGUCAGAUAGCAAUUCUGCACGACAUGAUACAGAAACAAAAAUCGAAGAUAAACGCUCGGUUUGUUGACGUUUGCACCCAAGGGUCGCGUUUACAAAAACUGUAUGACACUUUCACGAAAGCGAGGCCAUCGAAUGACAUAACAAAACUGUUUACCGUCCACACUGAAAUGAAGGAACAUGAGGAUGAAUUCGCGCGUCAGUCCGAUGUCAACGAUGACGAACUGUUUGUAGCCUGCGAUUUUGAAGUUAUAAACGAGCCGAUUUUCUUGUCUGAAAUGAGUUGUCUCGGUGACGUCGUGCAAAAGCCGGAUAUGAAUCUAAAGAAACCAGUACCAGCCCACCAGCUUGUGAUACUCGAUAUGGAAGAGAGGCGGAAGCAAGAGGCCCAGUUUCCGGACCCGAACGACUGCGAUGACUUUGUUGUACCGCAUGCGGAGCACGAGCGAGAUGCGUACACGAGUGGGUCAAGAUCGCGUGAUCGCCGAGACCGCGCUAUAGAGCGCUCCGCCCGGCAAAGAGCGCGCGAUAUAAUAUCCCAGGGUGGUCGUGGGUCAAGAGACCAAGACCGCGACGUAGACGAGUCUGAAGAUAUGGAACUCGACCCUAACAAUGACGUCAUCACGUCGACGUAUUUGCUGCGAAUCGCUUCUCGGCUGAACGAAAGUUCGGCGAAUUUGUCCGAAGCCAUACUGGAUCUGUCCGCCGACCGAGAAACCACGCGGUCUCCGGACGACGAAAGCCCGCCCGGGGGUGUGACUGGUCGCUCCAGCGCAACGCGGCGGUCCGUGCCCUCACCCCCUCGCGCGCGCAGGUCCGGGCAGAAUGUGCGAGUUGUGCGCCAUCCGCAGCAGCAUUAUCGACCGGCGCCGGACCGAACUGACCGAUAUAUUCCAUCGUCCAGGUACGAUAGGACGAACGCCGAGCAGACGUAAACUUGUAGAAGAAGUGGGCACAAUAACUGUACAUAAUUUGAAAACAGCAAAAGGACGUGGUUUAAGGUUUGUAACUUUAACAUAAGCUUUCAAUAAUUUGAGUGAAAGACUGUACGGUAAGUACCGAAAAAACUGAUUUACGUGGCGUACGUGCGUGUGUUAAGAACGCAAUGAACUGUAAUCAGAGCAUCUGCAUAAUUUUAAAACAUGUAUGUGCAAUGUUGAAUUGAAGUAUUAUUUUUAUUUGUGUGAAGCAAACGUUUUUCGUUGAUAUAUAAGGCACAUGAGUAACCUAAAUAACAAAUGAAUAUGAACCAUGUUGGAAUAUUCUACGGACACCAAGUGUCCUGCAUUUCGAAAUUAAUUAUGUUGUCACAUUAUUGCAUUUAUGUUAUUUAUUCGUAGACGUUGUUUCUUCAGUGUGCUUUACUCGUGAUGUGUCAUGUGAUACAAAACCAAAGCUGUGAUGGGCGUAUUGUCAUUUUUAUUGACGUAAUAUUUUGUGAUUAAACUUUUGAUAUUUCAAUAAAAUGGAAAAGGCA